CUUGGUUUCCCUUCCUUGUUCCCUCAGUUUCAAAUGAAUCAUUAUGUUCCUGCAGUAGAUGGAGGACAGUUCCAGUGAUAAUACCACUCCCAUCCAAACUAAGGAUUACUACAGAAUUUUGGAGGUUGAUUAUGAUGCAACUGAUGAGAACAUCAGACUAAAUUACCGAAGGCUUGCUCUGAAGUGGCAUCCUGAUAAGCACAAUGGUGGCAGUCACGUUACAGCAAAGUUUCAAGAGAUUAACGAAGCUUACGAAGUGUUGAGUGAUCCUGCUAAGCGACUUGACUAUGAUCUAACCGGCAUCUGUGAGAUUGAAAAGUAUACUUUACCGGAAUAUCUUGGCAGAUUUAGAGGAAUGAUACUUACCUGCAAUGGCCUGGGUAUUAGUCAUGCAUCAACAUGGUCACAAGAAUUGGUGGAAACUGAUGGCUUAGCAGAGAAAUCAGCCUUAUAACUAAGAAGUCAAAACUCAAACAGCUCACAUGAAUGCAACAUGAGGGAGAUUCACAGUUGGAUGUUGGUCGAUUUGGCUACGCUAAAUUUCAAGUUAUAACCUGGAGUAGUAAGAAUUUUAUCUGAUCUGGUUUAUCUCAUUGGUCGAUGAGGAGCUUUUUGAGGAGCAUGCCAACGUCUCUGCAAGUGGUUCCAUCCAACUCAUUGAUUGGAGCCAAUGUGUGAGGAGAGAUGGUGUAUGGUAGGCUGACGAGGAAGGGGAUGCAGUUGGGUCCGGAGAUGG